UACCAUGUGGUUGUUUCAAAUUUUGCUCGGUUGCGGUUUGAUCGCGGUGCUUUGCGAAAGUCAAGGAUUGGUAGUCAUUGGUCCAAAAUUUAUUCGAGCAAACAAUGCAUAUAGCAUAGCCUUCAGCAAUUCAUUUACAAAUAAUCUCCGAUUGAAGCUGGAAUUGGAAGGAUUAAGGGAAGGGGUUACCGUUUUGAUUGAAACAAACGAGAUAAAACUUUCCAGCAACACAGGAAAAUAUGUGACCUUCCAGGUAGGGGCCAUUCCCGAGGCUGAAUACAGGUUAUCGGUACAAAGUCUAGAGGAUAGUUUCGUUUUAAAUGAAACAAUUGAGUUACUGUAUGAUAAGAAAAGCUCGUCGAUCUUUAUACAAACUGAUAAACCCGUCUACACACCUGGAGAUGUUCUUAGGUUUCGGGUUAUUGCAAUAGAUGCCGAUACGCGUCCAGUGACGAGCUACAAUACUGUAGCUAUUAACCUUGAAGAUUCGAAAGAAACUUCCAUUAGACAUUGGAAGCAUGCUAAAUUGAACAAUGGAAUCUUUCAGUCAACCGUAAAUCUGCCAACUCUACCGGCCUUAGGCAAUUGGAGCUUGACGGUGACAGCUGGGGAUUAUAAAGUGGAGAAACAAAUUGAAGUGCGAGAGUACGUACUGCCAAAGUUCUUUGUCAAAGCAUAUCCCUCUAAAAUUUUACUGAUUGACGAGAAAAAGGUUAGCGUGACUGUAUCAGCAGCGUAUACAUUCGGUGAGGCGGUCGAUGGGACUGUUCGAGUGGAUUUGUUUUUGGAUUAUGAAAUGGACUAUCCUGAUAUGACAAUAAAAGACCAGGAUAUUUCCGGAAUAAUCACCGUGAGUUUUGAUUUACCUUAUGCUUUACAAAUCGAACAAGAACAUGUAUACCGCAAGGAUGUUUUCGUCAGAGUGGAAGUAAUGGAAACAUUUACAAAUCACACAGUGAAUAUCGUGGAAGUAAUACCCAUAUAUAAACAUCCAUAUAGAGUUUCGUUGAUCAAGUCUAUGCCCUGGUUUAGACCCGGUUUGCCGUAUCAAGUGGAUUUAUCGAUAACGGAUCAUAAUGGCGAACCAGCACCCGAGGAGACUGUUGCAGCAAUUUUAAUAAAUUAUGAAGGGGAAUCCUUGGAGAGCGAAGUUGCAAUGCAGGCUACUCUCCGUAAGGGUCUAAUUUCACUGGGCUUAGAACCGCCAAAAAAUUCUGAUAGAAUGGAAAUUCGGGUGAAAUAUAAUACCAAAGACUAUGAAUAUGUCGACUACAUUUAUAGCAUCCCAUUGAAAAGCAACCGCUAUCUAAAAAUCGCUUUCAAAUCAAAACAAAAGAUUCUUGCUAACACUGUAGUCGUUUUCGAAAUCAGCUGCACAGAGUCUUUGGACGAUUUUGCUUAUAUCAUCACAUCGAGAGGUAGUGUGAUCACCUCGGGAUACGAAGUGCUACAAAAUAAGAAAACAACCGAUUUUAGGCUAAAGCUCACGCCUCAAAUGGCUCCUAAGGCACGACUAAUUGUUUUCAGUAUAAACAAAUUCCUAAUUUAUGACUCAAUGGAAUUGAGUUUUGACACGUUUAAUAACGAAUUUUCGUUUACCCUGGAUGCUGAAGAGUAUCGUCCAGGUCAGCAUUUCCACGUGGACGUCAAAGCCGCUAAAGAUUCUUAUGUUGCUUUCACAGCUAUCGAUCAAAGUUUAUUUUUGAUGGGCCACACAGGGCAUGAUUUAACUGAAAAAGAUGUGCUCAAUGAUUUGGCUCUGUAUGGAAGCACGGAACCAAAUGAAUUUAAUCCAUUCGAGACAAUGGGAUUGUUUUUAAGAACUACUGCUGAAGUAGAUUUCGCUUAUCCGGCACUGAAGCGGUUUGGAGGGCAUUUCCCGUUAGCCGAAAUUGUUCAAAAACCUGUACCCAAUAGGGCGGACUUUCGUAAAACUUGGCUUUGGGAAAACUAUACCAUGGAUGGCAUUGAGGAUAAGCUUAUUUUCAGACACAACGUGCCAGAUACCACCAGCUCUUGGGAAAUUACGGGAUUUGCGCUCAGUCCCACACUAGGAUUGGGAAUCAUUAAACAACCACAAACGUUUAGUGUGAAGAAAACGCCUUUUUAUAUUGUUCUCGAUCUGCCGUACUCCAUUAAGCGUAACGAAGUGGUUACGAUUUGCGUGAUGAUUUUCAACUUGCUGGAAAAUACAGUUAUUACAGAUGUGACACUAUUUAACGAGUAUGAUGAAAUUGAGUUCGUAGAGCCGUCUUCUAAUGACACAACCCGCCGUACCAAAACUGUACUCGUGCCAAAGUCCAAAGGCAAACCAAUCUCGUUUAGGAUUAAAGCAAAGAAACUUGGCGAAAUAACAAUCAAAGUUGAAGCAAUCAAAUUACUCGCUUCUGAUACUGUCGAACGGAUGUUGCGUGUAACACCGGAAAGCCGACGUUUCGAGCGAAUAGAGACAAGAUUUUUCAAUUUACGAAACGAGAGAAAAACCUAUGACAUCGCUCUCUAUAUUCCAAGGUUCAUUGACGAAGGAUCUGCCAGAAUUAAGUUAACAAUCGUUCCCCACUUAAGUUUAUGGAUCCCACUUAGUAAUUUGGAGUCAUUGAUUCAUUUGUCAACUGGAAAUGGAGAACAAAAUAUUGUAAAAUUUGCUCUUAAUAUCGUUGUUUUUAACUACUUGGAUGAAACUAGGGUGCAGGUAAAAAAUCGGACAAGAACACUGAACUUCUUACAAAGUGGUUAUCACAAUCAAUUGAAAUACAUGCGAUCGGAUGGUUCAUUCAGCACUAGGGGAGGUUCAGACACCAAAGGUAGUACUUUCUUAACAGCUUUCGUAGCAAAUUUAUUCAACAUUGCAGAGGAAUACAUAAAAGUAGAUAAGUCGAUAGUUGAAAAUGCAUUCCGUUGGUUGGCCUGUAUUCAAACUCCAGAAGGCAGAUUCAAUGAGGUUGGUCCGGUUACAGAAGCUAAGAUGCAGGGAGGACUGGAUUCAACCGAAUAUUCACUUACAGCUUAUGUACUAAUUGCUUUUUUGGAAACUGAAGAGAUUGCAGCAAAACAUCGGCAAACAGUAGAAAAUUCGAUAACAUUCUUGGAGAGAAAUUUUGACAACAUAACUAACCAAUAUGAUCUAGCAUUGGCAACGUAUGCACUGUCGCUUGGUGGUCGAUCGAAAAGUGAGGAUUUCCUAGACAAACUUUUAGAGAAUUCCAUUUAUGACGAGCAACGUGUUGAACUAUACUGGCAACAGCCACCAGUUAGCGUCGAGAUUGCUGGAUACGCAUUACUAUCUUACACUACUAUGGGCAAAUACUCAGAUGGACUUCCUAUUAUGCGAUGGUUGAAUAGUAAUCCUUUUGUCUUCGGUGGAUUUCCUAGAACACAGAAUACAUUCAUCGGAUUGAAAGCACUUGCCAAAUUUGUAACGUCAUCUGAUAGAAAUCGUUAUUCAUUUCGAUUGAAGUAUUGGGCAACAACAAUGUCCUUUUACAUCGAACCACAUCAUACCAUGAAGAUUCUGGAAAUAGAUAUACCGAACAAUAUCCGUGCUUUAAAUGUAGAUAUUUCUGGUUUCGGAAACGGAUUCUUCCAAGUGGCAUACGAAUACUAUCAAAAUAUUCAGCUGUCAAAGCCUCGUUUUAAAUUGAAUGUUGAAAUGUUAAAUACAACGACCUAUUAUGUGCAGUACCUGAAGAUCUGCAUCAGUUUUACGCCAAACGAAGCUUACGAGCGCUCUAAUAGGGCUCUAGUUGAAGUAUUUUUCCCUAGAGGAAUGGUUGUAGAUGCGGACGGAGUAGAAGAUUUAUCUAAUGCAAUUCUGAAAACUGAAUUACGAUUCGCUGCCACCUCGUUAGUUGUAUACUAUGACAAUCUUGGACCAGAAAUGAAUUGUUUUAAAGUGACAUCCUACCGUAGACACAAAGUGGCAGUGCAUCGACCGGCUUAUGUUGUUGUCUAUGAUUAUUACCACCAAGAUCGUUUUGCCAUUGUAACAUACGAACAAAAAGUAAUGCAGUUGUGCGGUACACGUGAAGAUGAAGAGUGCCUUGCACCGUAGCAUUGAGAAAAUAGCAUAUAAAUAC